AUGACGAGGUUAACGGAGUUUAACCACAGUCAGGUAACAAUAGCCAUGCACCAGUUCUGGCAAAAGCCCUGUCGACUGCGAUCAACCAUAGUUCUCCAGAUUUAUCUGGAAGUCCUUGCCCUGGAGUAUGGUUGUUCAGUGGAGGAGGAGGAGGAGACAGAAGAGGAGGAGGCAAUAACAGGGGACAUCGCAUUCUAUCCGUCGUAUAUUGGCCAUUAA